AUGAAACUGAGAGUACUGAUUUUCGCUCUGGUGUCAACGUGUCUGGCACAGGAUGACCAGGAACGAGCACCUAGGGCUCCACAGGGGUACAUUAAGUACAGCGACCCGAACGGUCUGAAGGUCGACUGGAAGUUGUACACGCCUUACUCCCAAUGGCAAGCCCAGCUGGACGACACCCAACGGACCCAGAGGGCAGAGGCCCCAGCACCCGAGCCAGCCCAGGCAGCCCAGCCUCGGUACCAGCACCAGCAGGCUUCGGUCCAGUCUCCACUUGCCCAACAAAAACAAGCUGGAGAGGCUCCGGCCAAGCCCUACAAGGCGAUCCCCAUGCAGAUCAAGCAGCUGAUCCUGCAGGCUUACGAGCCGGAGGAGACCUACGCGAAUCCUCAAGCCUUCUUCUACCAGCCGAGGACCGAGUACGACCAGCAACCGGCUCAACAACAAAAGAGUGUUCAAGAUCCAUACCAAGCCCAGGCCCCGUAUCAGGCACCCGUUUCCCAAACUCCUUACCAGGCGCACGAUUCCGACGAAACCGCGGAAUACAAAGCGAGAUCCGCUGGUCAAAUCGACGAGAAGGAGGUCAAGGAAGAUCGCAGCGAAAAGCCCUACGUCUCGCUCUCCGAGUCCAUGCCCGUGCAGCCUGCUCCUCAGCUCCAGCUGGACAAGAACAUGCCAACUGGUCUGCAGCAACUGCUCCAGUACCAGGCCCAGCUGCCCUAUAACGUGAUCGCCAAUCACAUCGUGUAUCGGCCAAAGGACCUCUUCAUUCCGAAGCCAAUCGUUGCGGAAGAGAAGAAGUCUAACAAGUACAACAGCAAGGUCUACGUCCUGAAGAGUGGACAAGAUCAGAACGAGGAAGCCUCCAGCAAGCCCGAUCAGGAAAAUCGAGGCUAG